UACAGAUAAGAUAUUGAUCAGACAGUCGUAAAAACUGUUUUGAUAAGUUUUAUCUGAUAGUUGUCAUGUAGGAAAUAUAAACAUUUUUCUAAUGCGUUCAACGAAAUACCUAUAAACUUCCAGGAUUACUAGGAAUAAAGGACAUUAUACUGAAAUGGGCACCGGUAAUUCAAAGGGAACAGUGCCACAUUUAACCAGAAGAAAUUCUAAAAGAUCGAGCUGGAGGAAAAAGAAAUCAAAUAGUGACGGGAAUGAAGAGCUUGAGCAAGAAAAUAUAACAGAAGAAGCAAUUUUCACAAAGAGACAAAGAUGCCUUGUAGAUCUAAAAAAAAGUGUCACUCAGCAUGAUGAUAGAUUAAACAGUUACAAUGACAAAUUAUCAGAGAUAAGAAGUCUUUUGGAUAUAUUACAAGAACAUAAAACCAAAAAUACCAGUGAUUACGGACACGGAGAUGUUACAGAUUCACAGAAGUUCAGAGAAAUAAUAGAACGAAUUGAAAACGUUUUGAAAUACUCACAGAUGUUAUCACAGUGUGCAAAGGAUGCAUUCAAAGAUGUAAAGGAGCGUGUAGCAAUUUUGGAAGAAACUAACAAAGUCGAAAGUGAUAUGAACAAGAAUUCCGUGAGCAAACCACUUGCUAUCAAAAGGAGGGGUAGUAAACAUAAAACUAGCGUUCCAGCCACAAUACAGAUAAUAUGUAAACAAGAUGGGAAGUUAAUGAACGACAUACAAACGGUUUUGGAAACUACAUUGAGGAGCAAGUUAGGAGCUGUGAACUUCAUAUCCUUGAACGACAUUUCCAAAAUCGACGACAAAAAGAUGCUUAUCAUUCUAUGUAUUGCUGCGACAAGGAUUGCAUCAGAUGCAGCAUCUGCUAUGCAAGAUAUUAAAAAUCCAGCAAAUGCUGCCCUUGUAAUAAUAGACGUCGAUGAGGCACAUGAAUUGUCAAAUACACACAAUUUGACAGGAGACGCUUUCAAGAAUCUGCGUGGUAUUUUUGGAUUGUCCUUUAUGAAAAGUAACGGCAGCUUCCCCAACUGUGACAUGAAUGACAAAAGUAUCAAUGGAUUAUGUUCGUUCUGCAAACAACAGCCAUACAGUGAAAAACUUUAACAAAGAGAAAAAUGGGAACUUUAAGAAGUUGUUAAUAAAAAGCAUAUGAUUUGCAUUGAAAACGAUUUAAAUAACAUGCAUAUUUUGUCCACGCAUAGACUUUCGUUAACCUUUUUUUAGACAACUUGAUGGAUGGAGUAGCAUAUAUCAUAAAAUUAAUUAAUGAUGAAGUUAAUGGAGUUAAGUACUGACGUCACUGAACUACUUAUACACAGCUUUAAAUAUCCUUUAAUUGUAGAAACUGUUGUGUCAAACGAAGCAUGUAUUAAAUGUCUGCGUGAAUAUGGUAAAAUCAUACGGACUAAUGCAAAGUUUCCGUUGGUUUCAUAUAGGUAAUAUAGUUGGUUUUCACGUUUUAUGAGUCAUGAAUUAUAUUUAGUGUUGAUUGUAGAUUUCAAAAGGAA